AUGGAUCAUCUGAUAGAAAACCUGAAGAAAAAUAUUAAGGGAGCAGGGCUUUGCCCUUCUUACUCCCGCGAGGAGGUCCAUGGGCCACACACGACAAGCCCAGGCCUCGUUCUCCCACACACCUGCCCGGUACAUCCCGAAAAUACGGGCAGGAACCUAAUUUGGUGUCGUUUCCCGCGGGGUGACGGGGAUGACGAUGGGAGCAUCAGGCCAAGCGCGGCCGGGUCCCCAGGACUCCUCACUGACCGAAGCCAGGGAUCCCCAGGCAUGCUAGACUCGGCGCGGCUCCCGCGUACUCUGUCCGCCAGCCUCGUCCGGGGGCCUGAAAAAGACCUACAACUGCGCGUUCUUCGUUCCUCGGCGACGAUUACCGUCACUUCCGGUGGCGUUGCUAAGCAACUGCGUGGUUUGGCGAAAACUCUGCCGCCUGGAGGCCGCGGAGCUUUGGCUUCAAAUCGCCUUUCCAAGUGUGAGAACGCCGUGGGCACCUUAGAGAUGCUGGUGCGAUUCGGAAGGCGCAGUGGACAGGCGAAGGAAAGCAUGGAAAUGAAGAACUGUGAAGAAGAUCAAGUUCUCUAUCCACCUCUUCUGCCUAGCAAAGUAGAUCUCCGGCAGGUCACCAUAAUUCCACACAAUGAGUGGGAAAGGAUUCGAGAUAGCCUGGACAGUUUGACAAGAGAAGCAGCAUGCCUUCGUGCAGAAAGAAAAGCAAAGAAAGAAAUGCAUUUACGGUCCCAAGAAGUGGUAAAACAUUGGACUAAUACAUAUGCAGGGAUGAAAGAACAGAAACUUGAAGCCAAGAAGAAGCGUGAUGAAGAAAUAGAAGCAGAAAGACAAAUUCUUGAUAUAGAAGAAGCAAUAUACAAACAAGGAGAAAGGAAAAAGGCCAUUGAACUUGCAAAGCAAUACCAAUUUUACCAGACAGAACGAGUGAAAAACUUUCAUUCAGGACUACUUCUUAGUAGAGUUAUGAAAGAACGGGAUGCACAGAUUGAAUUCCAAAAGAGUAAAAUAAAAUCAGAUAAAAAAUGGGAGGAACAAGUGAAACUCAAUGUUGAAAAAGCUUUUAAAGAAGAACGAGAAAAAGCAGAAAAACAACGCAGAGAUAGAGUAGCUCUUGCUAAAGAUCAUUUAAAACAAAUAAAAGAACAUGAAGAGGAAGAAGAAAGAAGGAGAAAAGAGGAAGAAAAGGAUGCUGAGGAAAUAAAGCGACAGAACUCAUUAUAUGAAAUAGAAAUGAAAAAAAAACAAGGAAAGAAAAAAGAAGAGAUCAAUGAAAGCAGGAGACUAUUUUUUGAACAUUUGAAUGAUAAACAUGUCAUCAAAGCUGUAGAACGGCAGCAGCAAGAGGAAGAAGAUGAAAAGAUUAGAAAAUUUAUCAAAGCAAAAAAGCGUCUUACACAAAUGGGGAAAGAGAAAGACGCUGAAACACACAGGCUAAUGGAGGAACGGAGAGAAAGAAUAAAUAACUUCCUGAGUAAACUAAUGAAAGAGAAAUUUGACAAUGAAGAUUUGAUUAUUGCUAGAGAUAUUGCAGAAGCUGAGGCUGAGUGGGAAAAAAGAGAAAGAGAAAAGUAUGAAAAAAACAAAGCAGAAUUAAAAGCAAUCGCAGAACAUAGAGCUCUUGUGAUGAAGAAUAAAGAGGAAGAGGAAAGACAAAGGAAAAUAGAGGCUACAGAACAAUUGCUAGCUAUCCUAAAAGCAGACCAAAUUUUUUGGGAGCAUGAAAAGGAGAAAAAGCGGAAAGCUGAUCAAGAACGUCGAGAAGUUCAAGAUGCCCAUAUUCAGCAAAUGGCCAAACAUAAGUUUAAUGCACUGCAAGAAAAACAAGCAGAAUCAGAGUACUGCAGACUUACUGAAGCUCUGGUGGCUGAAAAGGAGAAGGAAUUUCAGGAUUAUGCCAGAGAAGUAAUUGAAUCUGAGUCUGAAUCAACAAACAAGUAUAUUUAUCCUCUUGUAAAAGCUGUAGAGGAAGGACCUGGAGGUGGCCGUGGACCAGUUCUUGUGGGCAGAGGUGGAUUAAGACCCAGCUAUCAGGCAAAGGACACCACUGGAGUCCAGCUCCCUUUUUAUAACUCUCAGGGAUCGAAAUAUAAUAAUUUUCAAAAGUCUAAGAGAAGGUUAGGUUUUACAUGGUAGAAAAAAGUUUAUUUUUAAGAUUAAGAAGACUAAUUUGUAGCUAAUCUGAGCUACACAUUCAAGUGAAUUAUAUGCUUAUAAUUUGUUAAUAAAGCUGCUUUUCAUCGAAGUACAUUUAUGUCUGACCUAACUGAUUCUUCCCCACUCAAGAUUAAGUCAGAUUCUCUUUUUUAUUCUGAUAAAAGAUAUACACAACAAAAUGUGUCAUUUUAACUAUUUAAGAAUAUUCAGUGGCAUUAAGUAUAUUCAUAAUAUUGUACAACCAUUACCAUUUAUCUAGUUCCAGAAGUUUUUCAUUGUUCCAAAUGGAAACCCUGUUAUCUGUACCUAUUAGUGCACAACUGUUCUAAGCCACUAAUUUGAUAAAACAUAGCUAAAACUUGUGGCAAAGAUGUAAAUUUGAACUAAAACAUUUUGGGUUAUUGAGAGGUCUUGGGG